GCUAUCAAUAGAUGGAUGAGAUUUGCAGCUUAAAUAGUGGCCAUGGCCCAUCUUCCCAGAUUACAGUACCUUACUCCCGCCUCUAACACUCAUCCAAGCCCACCAAACAUGAGUCUAUGCAAGGACUGCAUCAGCGGUGCGUAAAUACCGCUCCCCAAGAGUCGACAAGUGCCCAGCUGCCGUGCGAUUUCAGGUGUCACCCAUGAAGGAACUCCCGAAGGUUUGAUCGCAACUGAACGGGAGCGAUUCGACCCCUGCUCAUCCCCGCUCACAAGGCAAGAUCGAGACCAUCGGCGGGAUUGAGACCUACGUGUCCACGCCAACCGUCGACUUCCCCAAGGACAAGGCUAUCCUCUACCUGACCGACGGUUUCGGGCUCCCAUUGGUCAACAACAAGCUCUUGGCAGAUGACUUUGCGCGCAAUGGCUUCAAGACAUAUGUGCCGGAUCUGUUCUCCGGAGACUGCGUCGAAGCCGAUGCCCUGACCGUGCGUGCUUCCAAUAUCAUCCCCGGCGCCACGUUUAUCGAUGCCUUCACCCGCAGACAGGCAGAUUUAACCUCGAGGCGUGGUUCCCCAACCACACCCAGGAGAAAACGCGCCCCAUCAUCGACAAGUUGAUGACCGCGCUCGAGGCGCAGGGCGUGACCCAGUUCGCCGCGGUCGGGUACUGCUUCGGCGGGCGGUACGUCUUCGACCUCGCGUUCGACCACAAGAUCGUCGCCGCCGCCGUCGCGCACCCGUCGUUUCUGCAUGUGCCAGCCGAUCUCGAGAAAUACGCCACGACCGCGACUGCGCCGUUGCUGGUCAACAGUUGCACGUUCGACGAGCAUUACCCGGUCGAGGCCGCGCUCCAGGGCGACGUGAUCCUGAAAGACUUCGCGCCGGGCUACAAGCGCGAGCACUUCGAGGGCUGCACGCACGGGUUCGCUGUCCGCGGCGACAUGUCGAUCCCGGCGGUCAGGGCGGGAAAAGAGGGUGCCUUCAAGUCCACUGUUGACUGGUUCAUCAAGCAUCUGUAAACGGCAGAGGAAGGAAGGAUGAAGAAAGAAGGAAGGAAGAAGAAAGAUGCGAAUGUCUGUAUACAUAUAAAUGUGACCCGUAUCUCAACACCACACUGCGCUUGAGAGACAAGCUACUAUGUGCAAAAACUGGUGAUAUAUAGAAAUGAUUGCAGCGGAAGACAAUACAAUGCCAGGGAUGGUCCAAGUCAGGCUAUUGGAGGGGGCUCCUUCGCCCUGGGUGCCCCUCGACCACGGCUCUUGAAGCCGUCACUGCUAUUCGACGGGGAUGGCCCGUGGGGGUUGCGCGUGAUAUUAUUCGCCGCGGGACUAGAGGCGCUGGCUCCUCCACUUGGAUUCGGCGAUCCGAAGAUGCGCUCGCGUGCAGCGUGGUACGCCGCCUCCCGCGCCUUGAAGCUGGACUGCGGAACCGCGGGCAGGGGCUGGGGUGUUGCGACAGCGGGCAUCGGGCGCUUCAGGAUCUUCAUCUGAGGCUGAAACGCAGCGGGAGGCGGGGUGGAGCUGGACGACGAGGAACGUGACGAGAGAAUUACAGUGGGCAUCGGCGCGGGCGGAGCGCGGUUGUUUCUGUGAUUAGAUGGGUAAGAGCUGACCAUCGGUUAUAGGGGGCAGUGUGCGUACGCAUCGUCCCAUAGCCAACGAUUAGAGUCUUCUCCCGAUCCCUGCGCGCCCUGAGGCGAGCGUUUGUCAGCCCUUCUCUGGUCCUCUUCUCCCUCCUGCUCUGGAGAGCACACGACAUCUUCCAAAUCCUCGUCGUCCUCCCAAUCAUCUACGACUUCUUCCGAAACCUGUGGCUUCUUCAUGCGAUCGGGGUUCGACUGGAUGCGCAAAACGACCGGGGAGGUGUCAGGAACCGAGAGCUAUCGCGACUUCGUUUGUCCACAUACAGAAACACGUGAUAAAUUGGAUCUCCAGACAGAGUUUGACGCAGAUGGUGGCGGAAUUUUCGAGGAAGAUGCUGGUGUGGAUGGGGUAUUGAGCAUCGGUGAACGGAGGAGCUUAUUUGAUCAUGAUGCGUACAUACUCGGCUGCAGGCUCCCUCCGGGCCGGGCUUCGCCAUUCUCUCUUUCCUCCACAUAUCCAUUCUCCGUACGAAUACUGCAAUGAACCUCUAACAGAACAUCAUGUCAUCAAAGGGAAUACCCACCACAGUGCCGCCAUGGCCUUCGCUAUACUCCCCCGGCAUUGAACUCCUCAGAAUCGCCCACCAUAUGCCCGCCCAGCCGGAUGGCGCAUACCUAACACAUCCUGACGACAUAUUUCGUUUCACACUCUACUGGACUCUCAUCUUCUACACCCCGAUCUUCCUCCUCUGCGGGCUCUUCGCGUUUCUGAACAUCACGUUCCCGCCGACACCGCGCAGCGCCGUUCAUCGACUGGAGGCUCCAGAGCAUUCUGCAUACCCUCUCACGCUGCUCCCGUACUCCCCGAGAGAAAGCACAGCCCCGAAGCCGCGCCAUAACGUGCGGCGCUCGAGGACCACGUUUGCCUUACUUGUACUCCUGGCGUUCAUCGCGCUGAGUCUAGCCGGGGCCCUGCUUGUUUCGUCUAUCGUCGGAUUUUUUCUGACGGGGCUCUACAAGCUGGCCAAGUUCAAUAUGUCUACAUGGAUCCCCUUCUUGUGGUCCGUCAUCUCAGUCCUCGUUGGGCUACUAAGCAUAUGGCCCUCUGUCAUCGACAUCAUCUAGCUGUAUUAGUCUUACUGCACACCUUGUACCCUAGUAGUCUUGCGCGGCAAGCGGAAACCCACAGACAUCUGAGAUAUUCGAACGGACGGUGUCGACGCCAAACGGGGGAUUCAUCGUCACGCUGGUGAAGAUGGGGGGCAGACAGAGCGGGGCAUUGGCGAAGAUACUCGUGCGCAUGUCCUCGAGCGACGCAGCCAUGUGUUUGCUCGGGAUGAGGUCGACCUUGGUGACGACGGCUUGGACGGUGAAGGGCUGGAUUCCGCGGGCGUCGACGAGUUUUGUGGACAGGUAUUCCAGCAUUUGCACGUCCGACUCUUUCACCCCGUGGACCCCAUUGAUCAGGAUGUAGAUCCGCUUCAGUCUGCGGACAUGAGAGUCUGUGGGGAGGAUCGACAGCGAAAGAGACCGACUGGGGGCGCGUGGUGAUGUAUUGCGUGAAGAGAUCCCCCCACUGCGACCGUGCCGACCGGCCAUACCCAGGCGCGUCUACGAAGAUCGCCGAGGCCUUCCCUUCCCCGACCUGAUAAAAGUCCAAGGAACGAGUGCUGCCCUGCAAAGAUGUAUCAUUCAGCGGACGUUCCUGGACGCGGAAGCGACGACUUCCCACAGUUGGCCCGUCCUGAGAGCAGUCAAUGCGCGCGGAGCAAGGAACGGCUCGACGCGUAAAAGGACGUGGCUUGACUUCGGGAAGGACUGGUUUUCCAAAAUCGGGUAUCGCGGUGUCGGACUUGGCAGAUGCAAGGAAGCGCGCGAGGUUGAAGUCUAUGCCUUGAUGGUACGCUCGCAGAGUUUCACACGUGACCGUUACUCUGUCCUUGCACUGUGAGCAACUUGAAAGCCUGAUCACUAGCUUCCCGCUUGUGUGGGCGCUUCUCUGCAAUCUCACGACGCGUCUCAUGACUUUCCACGUGAAUAUUGUGCUGCAUACCUAUCUUGACGAAAUCUCGCUGGCUCCACUGCCGUAUCAACCUUCCAUGAGUCUAUACAUUCCGAUUGGGCUUCAGCAACACUUCGGGCACUGAUUCGAAACCAAGGAGUCCGAAAGGAACAUGUUCAAGAGUUCUGUAGAUGCUUCCUCUGCAGUCGUCCUAUUACACACCUCACUUGAUUCCCCCCUGGCUGUUUGUGCGAACACACAGUUCAUAGCGAGUGCCGAUCGCGUUUAUCCAGUACCCUCGACUUGAUUGAGACCGGAAUCCGGUGACAGACAAAUAUCAUCCGUUGGACCACUGAAUGUAUCGAAAUUCUCUCUCGGCCUCUUUCUUACGCGUGUCGGUCAGAAGAUGGGUCAAAGCAGAGCUAGUUGUUAGCGCCGGAUUCUUAUCGACUUCCCUCAUAUCCCCGGUGACUUCCCACCCCCAUAACCACUGCCUCUGCCCAAUAGCCAAUUCAUAUCAAGUUUCCCGCGGACCGCCAAUAGAGUUCAUCACAAUGUGGUUUGCAAGAACAAAAAAACACCGUCCCAGAUGGGGAUGCGCUUAGAUAAGCACAAUCACAAGAAAGAAAUCAAGGGGAGGACCCGGUUCAUAAACGAGAUUGUUCUUGUCUGCACCCUCUUCCUCGACCGCGCUGGUGCAGAUGAGGGGCCAUGCUCUGAAACCGCGUGGCCUGCUCGGUGUACCCCAAGAACUGUUGGAUGAGAUUCUCUCUGACCUGGAGCACAGCGACCUGGUUUCCUUCGCUCUGGUGUCGCACGCCUGCGCCGCGCUCGUCGUCCCCCGACACACGCAAUAUCGCACGAUACGCACGCGUCAUCAGCGCCACGACGAAUGGCGCCAUCUCUCCCGGCGUGUGGAUCUGACGCGCAACAUCCGCGAGGUGCAUAUCUGCGAGCCGGGGAACAAGACGGCGUCCGACCGGGUCCCGACGACGCUCGUGGAGAAUUGCGGUGCGGAGGCCAGCAUGAGUGAAGUUCAGAGAGAGAAUCGACGGAUACGAGACAUGUGCAUCGCAUUGAAGCACAUGCGCCGCUUGCACACGUUUACCUGGACGUGGAACGUCACUCCCGCCGCGGCACCUACGAUCAGCCCUGUCCAUGAAAACGCGGUGCUCGAGGUUCUGUCGAGGAAAGCAAGGCUGAGGCAUCUGGGGCUCAUGGGUUUAUUUGGAAUGCACGCUCCGGGAAUCUUGCUCGACCCAAAUAGCGCCGGAUAUCCCCUCUGGAGAUUCUCUAAUCUAACCUCUAUCUGUCUUCGCGGUGAUGCCUGGAUCAAGCCGACCAAUGCAGCGCAUCUCAAGCAGAUGUUGGAGCGCUGUCCGAAUCUGGAGUACAUUGAGAUGCCAAUGGAGUUCUCAGCUUUGUCCGAGUGCACGUUCCCAGAGCUUAGGAAGCUGAACCUCUAUCUUCAGUCCGGAGGCAUGCGUUCGAUCGAUCCCUGUUUUGUGCGAUUCCUGAAUAACCACCCGUCCAUCGAGGAUCUUUCUUGGCUUCCGCUGGGACCAGUUUACCUGUCCCCGCAGACAUUGCCCGCCCUACGGCGGCUGCGGACAAACAUCCAUGUGGUCGGUCUGCUGGAAAGCCGGCUUCUCGAGAGUCUAGACGUGUACCAGCUCGACCCUGCGACGUUGCUCGGCCUUGGAAACCUGCCGGUUACGAACAUCAAGCAGCUGACGUUGCACGAGUUUGGGGACCUGGAGACGAUGCGUGAGCUCGCUGCGUUGUUUCCGAAUCUGGUCUGGCUCUCGAUGCCGUCCCGAUACGGGCAUUUCACCGUGGAGGAUUGGCUUGAUUUGCUGCCGCGCUUUACCCAGCUGCAAGUGUUCCGUGGACAAGGCUUGUGGGCGGCGGUGACCUUGAAUAUGCAGAAGAUGCACGGCGUGAUAUUGCAGCUCGUGCAGGCGUGUCCAAACCUCCGACAGCUUGAUCACUCUGCAUACAACCACAACCGACUCGACUCGAAUCGUAUUACGAUCAUCCGCGAGGGGUUUAUGGGAGAGAAUUCGCCCCCCAUGUCUACCAUCUCCACCGCGCUGCGCAACUUCAAGGAGCCCACCAAGGAGGAGCUAAAUCAGAUCUUCUUCUCUCUUCCCGCGUCGGGCUUAGUCGAUGGCGUUGUUGGAGGUGGAUCGGAGAAGACGUCCAGCACGGAGGUCGAGAAGAUGGAGAUCAAUGCGGUUCUGAGUCUGGGUAUCCAGGGUGAAGAGGAUGCCUAUGCAGGGAAGCUAUACAUUCUGGCGCCCUAUCUCGCCUUCGCCUCCAUCGACCGUAAAUCAGUCCGGUUCACUGUUCCGCUGUCGACUAUCCGACGUGUCGAGCGGCUGAAUGCGCGUGCGGGGAUAUACGCAUUGAGUCUCUCGACGUGGCAUGGAUCCAAAAUUAUCGUUCAGCUCACGUCUUUACGACCAACCGCAGAUCUGUUCUGCUCCCUCCUCCGCGAUGCGCUCAAGAUCGAGUUGCAGCGCGGACAGAUGCGGGCCGUGAAGGGAUUCGUGAAAACAUGCUAUUCAGAGGCGCUUAUAGCGUCUGGAUCCCAGCUCGCUGAGAAUGAACGAGAGGACGGCAGUUUGAUCAGCGAGGAGAAGGACGACGCGGCCCCUCGCGAUUCGACGUAUCAUGGAGGCCUUGGACUCAAGUACAAGUUCCCCGGCGAUGCGAAGAAACUACGCGAGACCUCGAAGAUCAAGCUCUGGACACAGUACCUGAAAGUCCAUGGACGUAAUCUGACGCUCUUGCGAUAUCCUCAAUGCACUAGACUCGUCCAAGUCGGUCUGCCGAAUCGGCUCCGUGGAGAAAUGUGGGAAACACUCUCGGGCUCAGUCUUCCUUCGAUUCUCAAACCCCGGAUUCUACGAAACGCUGUUGGAGCGGAACAAAGGCCGAAACACGACCAGCACCGAAGAUAUCGAGAAGGAUCUCCACCGAAGUUUACCUGAAUAUGCUGGUUAUCAAUCGGAGGAGGGUAUUAGCGCACUGCGCCGGGUCUUGCAGGCGUAUUCGUUCAAGAACCCCGAGCUGGGCUAUUGCCAAGCUAUGAACAUUCUUGCUGCGGCGAUUCUUAUAUACAUGUCCGAGGAACAAGCUUUCUGGCUGCUGGAGGUUCUCUGCGACCGAUUGCUGCCAGGCUAUUACGCACCUUCGAUGCAUGGCACUCUGCUCGAUCAACGAGUAUUCGAGUCUCUCGUGCAACGCUGUCUUCCGAUAAUCCACGAACACUUCCACAAUGUCGAUGUCCAGCUGUCUGUCGCAUCCCUACCGUGGUUCUUGAGUUUGUACAUCAAUAGUAUGCCUAUGAUCUUUGCCUUCCGGAUAGUGGAUUGUUUCUUCUGCAUGGGGCCUAAGGUUCUCUUCCAAGUUGGCCUGGCUAUCUUGAAGAUCAACGGUGAAAAGUUGUUGCAAAUCCAGGAUGACGGAGGCUUCCUCAAUCUGAUGCGAGACUACUUUGCGUCUCUCGGCGACUCUGCUCACCCAGACUCCCCCGACCCCCGAGCUCGGGCGAUCACGCGUUUCCAGGAAUUGCUUCUGGUCUCGUUCCGCGAGUUUUCUGUGAUCACUGACGAUAUGAUCUUGUCCGAACGCCGCCGGUUCCGGUCCGAAAUUAUCCACUCUAUCGAGUCCUUCUCGAAGCGUUCGGCGAUCCGGAACCUGAAAAGUCUUGGCCGGUUCUCCAAGGAACAAGCCGGGUUGGUGUAUGAUGCGCUGUACAAGGCGAUGUGGAUUGUUCCGCCGCCACCAGACAUGCCCCCGCCGCCGUCACUGGUGACGACAGCCGAAGCGACCGAGGAGAAGCCGGAGACCAGGAUCGGCUUGAAGACGUUCCAGUUCUUCAUGAGCGAAAUCGCAACUUGGGCUAGGGAUGAACGUAUCGUGUCGAAUGGGUUCCAGAGGAGAAUAGACCGGGAGAUUGCAGAGCAUGAGUUCAUUGACCGGCUGUUCUUCUUCUGGGACACAUCGUGUCGUGGAGCGCUGUCGUUCCAGGACCUCAUCUCUGGACUGGACGGAGUGAUGUUCAACGACCUGAUGGAGAACAUCGAAUGGUUCUUCAAUAUCCACGACAAAAACAAGGACGGAUAUCUGACCAAAGACGAAGUGCUGACGCUGUCCGAGACUCUGCUGUUCAUCUUCCGAUACGAAGUGGGGGACGCGUACUUGGGCGCUGUCAGCCGAUUCAUGACGAAUGCGUUCGAGUACGGGGAUGCCUUGAUGCCGGAACCCGAGGGCGAACCAAUCAUCAAUGAGCAGGGCGGAGAGACGCCGCCUGCGAUGCCAACGAACCAGCCGUACUUGAAUCUUGCAACGUUCCGUAUGGUUGUAUUGGCAGACGAAGUGCUCGAGUCGUUCUUCGAAACAGAUCUGUCGGGUUCAUUCAAGCUAGAGCCUUUACCCGAGAUGGAGCUUCCGGUGUCAAGCGGCGGACUGCUUGGUGAUAUCUGGUCGACCAUUGCGACAGACAACAACAAGAAGAUGUUCCACAUGGUCACAGACGAGAUUGGGAAGACAAUCGGGAAGCAUCAGGAACAUGGAAGAACCCAAAGCUCGCGAAUCGCUUCUGACGCCCGGGAUGCGGCAUUCUGCGAGCAAGACAAGUUUGCGGAAUGGGGGCGGUAG